AUGACGUCGAUUACGCGUGCUGCUCUCUCUGCCGCCCUGCUGGCGUGCUUCGUCGUGCUUCUCGCUCCUCCCGAGAAAUACGUCGCCGCUCAAUCCUCGUUUCUCGUGGAGAAAGCGAAGACGUUGCGCGCCGUUGCAAAUCAAACGGCGGCGAACCUGACAGCGGCGCAAGCGGACGCCGCCAGACGCGCGGAUGAAGUAGCCGCCGCCACGCAAGCACUCUCCGAUCUGCUGGCCCCGGACACGGCACUCAACGACCGCGUUUCAAGCAUCUCCGAUAUGAAUAUAAUGGCGUUCGCGGAAGCGCAGGAGACGCGGAAAUAUGUGGAGGACGUGUAUGGGGAUAUCGUGGUGCAAGAUCUGCGCGCGCAGGCGCGCCUCGCGCGUGUGCAGCAGGAAUUGACCGACCUUCAGCUGAACCCGCCUACGGUCGACGUGAACGUUUUCCCGAAGGCAGUGGAGGAUGCAAAAGUCGCGGUUUCCGUUGCUCGCCAGGUGUACGACGGCAUGCUUGCGGCUAUCACUGACGGGCAGAAAGCGGUUAUCAUGUACAAGGCGACGAAGGCGAAGGCGGUUACUGACGCGAAGACGCGCUUGGCGAAGGCUAAGCAGAGCCAGGCUGUCGCAGACAAGAAGGUGAUUCAGCUCACGGAUAAGCUCAAGGCUGUGCUGGUGCAAGCUGACAAUGCUGAAAAGGCUGCUGGGAUCAGCAAUACUGCUGGAGUCAGCAACACUGCUGGAAUCAGCAAGACUGCUGCUUUAAAGAAGAAAGGUGCAAUCCAGGCCUCUGGAUAG